AUGAACAUCACUGAGCAAUCAACUCGAGCUGGAUCUCAGCCGCCCGAGGCUGUCCGGGUGGUAUGCCUUUGCAGGACAUGCAGCACGGCAAGCUAUGUCGACGCCGGUGGCAAAACACAAUCAGGCCGUCUUGUGCAUCCUAACACUCGCCGGGCACAUUUGCUAAAGGAUCACGAAGCCCUCCGAGGUGCAUUGGAAGCUGUCGAUAAUUCUGAGGUCAGCGGAGGGCCACUCUCUGAAACUGAGCCUGUGAAGCCAGAUAUGCAUAGAGGAUGGGCUCAGGCUAGGGACACAGGUAUGCUCAUAAUUACUAUUCGGUGCCCUGGCUUAAUUUUUCAUAUAGAAUUCGACCAACAGAGCUCACCUAUCAUCACACUUGCCCUCACACUUGCCGCCUGGCUUCACAUUUGCUGUGGCUUGAGCCGGCGAGCCUCAACCGUGGUACUGAAAGUCAUCCACAUCAUUUUCCUCAUGGCUUCCCAGCUUGCGCUCACCAUCUCAGUGGCGCCUGAAUCAGCAGUGCCUAAACUCAACUUGAAGGAUGACAUACGCUCUGCUCUGUCCGCCUUGUCCAUUGAGCCUGUUCUAUUCCGGUCUGUCUGCUGUCCAAAGUGUUUUGCGCAGUAUCCGGUGGAUCAUUGUCCUGAAUCUUGCCAACGUCGGGAGACACGCCGAAGUAAGCCUUGUGGUGAAGCUCUAUGGACUGUACGUCAUGGGAGUAAUGCUGGACCUCAUCCUUGUCCUCGAUGGCUGUACACUACUCAGUCGUUCGAGGCAUGGCUUACAUGGUUCUUAUCACGCCCUGGAAUAGAAGAUCUGAUUGAGGAGUCAUACACGAGUCAGCCAUCCCCUGAUGGGAUCAUGUACAGCAUACGAGACAGCCCGGCAUGGCAAAGCUUUGGUUCCUUCACAUCAACUCGGGGGAAUCUCGUUUUCAGCUUCUUCAUAGACUGGUUCAAUCCCUUGACAAAUAAGAUUGCAGGCAAGAAGAUAUCCACUGGUGCAAUCAUGCUAUUCUGUCUGAAUCUUCCGGAACAUCUGCAGUGGGCUCCAGAAAAUAUGUUCUUUGCUGGCAUCACACCACCGCCAAAUGAGCCGAGUGUCACGACCAUCACACAUGUUGCCGAUCCCGUCAUUGACCAGCUUGCUGAUUUCUAUACCGGAAAGCUGAUACCCACCUACAAGCAUCCGCAUGGCUCCUUGACUCGAGCUGGAGUAAUGCCAUUCAUCGGCGACAUUGUGGCUAUCCGUAAAGGUGCUGGCUUUGCAUCUCACAGUGCCGAGCCAUUCUGUUCCUUCUGUCCGCUGCGAAGGAGUGAAAUUGAGUCUCUAGAUCUUGCAAGCUGGGGAACACGGACUGGUGCAGAGGUACGAAUGGCUGCUGGUCUUUGGCGAGAUGCACAGACAAAGGCCGAGAGGAAGCGACUCUUUUCUCAGUAUGGAGUCCGAUGGUCUGCCCUUCACAAACUAUUCUACCGAAACCCCGUCCAACAUACUGUCCUCGGCGUAAUGCAUAAUUGGAUGGAGGGUAUUCUCCAGCAUCAUGCUCGUAGGAAAUGGGGGAUAGGUGUUGAAUCCGGGCCCAGUGGUGAUGACAAGGAGGACCUGGGCAUAGCAGCAUCAGCCCCAGGCCCUGCCGAUUUUAUGGAUAUUGACACAGAGGACUUAUCAGCUGAAGUGGAUGCCCUACUCGAAGACAGCAUCAACCACUAUGACUUACCGCUCUCUGAGAAGCGGGCAACCGGCCCUGUCCAAUUUCGCAUUGACAGUAGUGGAGAAGAGAGCAGCGAUGAUGACUUCAUACAGCCAGACGAUGAAUCCGAUAGCGACGAUGACUCUUCGACAGGUCCAUCUGAACCUGGAAAUCAUCUUACCUGUGAAUUUAAUCCAACUAACCUCUCAAAGAUCCGGGCUUGCAUUGGUGAUAUUGUUCUCCCUACUUGGGUAGAGAGACCUCCAAGAAACCUCGGCGACAAAUCACAUGGGAAACUGAAAGCUGAUAAUUGGUUCAUUCUGUUCUCGGUUAUCCUCCCUAUGGUCCUGGUGGAGAUGUGGUCUUCAGGGCAGCAGACUGCUCGACACAAAACACUGCUCGACAACUUCUAUGACCUAGUGACUUGUACGAACAUUGUUGGGUCUUUCUCAACUUCAAAUGCCGCUGCAGAUAGGUACACGGAACACUACAUCCGCUAUCGGUCAUCACUUCAAAAGUUAUACCCGCAUUCAGGAUCUGUUCCGAACCAUCAUUACGCUAUGCAUAAUGGUGAAAUGCUGAAGUUCUGGGGACCACUAAUGUCGCUUAGUGAAUUCCCGUAUGAACGCCACAAUGGCAGACUCCAGAAAAUCAAGACAAAUGGACAUAUGGGUGGGUAUCCCAUAUCUCGGCUCGACUUUGAAUCUGGGAAACAUCACUGA